CGCAGCUAUUGGCUUCUGCUGCAUGAAGCCACCCCCAUCCACCGUUCGUCCCAGCACAGCAGCUGCGUACUUAAAUUAGCCAUCUGGUCCAACUCCCCCCGUCCCUGUCCUGCAUGCAAUCCCAAUUGCAGCAGUUCUCACCUGCAACAAUGGCCGGAAUUGCGACCUAUCUUCUCGGUGCCCUCAGCGCCUUUGUGAUUGCCCGCUUGGUCCUCUCACUGCUCAAACAACCCUCCCUCCCACUGCCCCCCGGCCCCAAACCCGCUCCCCUCAUCGGAAACAUCCACCAGCUCCCCAAGAGUCUGCAGUGGCUGGAACUCUACCACUGGAGCAAGAAAUAUGGCCCCGUUAUGCACCUCAGCAUGGGCGGACAGCCACUCGUCAUCCUCUCCACAUACAAGGCCGCACACGACCUCCUCAACCGGCGCAGCGCACGCUACUCGGACCGCCCGCGCAUGGUCAUGGCCGGCGAGCUCGUCACUAGGGGCAUGCACAUGCUGCUGCGCCAGUACAACGACCAGUAUCGGCUGCAUCAGAAGAUGGAGGCCCCGCUGCUGACCCUGCGCGCUGCAAGCAACUACCGGCCUCUGCAGGACCUCGAGUCCCAGCAGCUGCUGUGGGAUGUGCUGGGCGAGUGGGAUAAGUACGGCGAGAAGGGCGUGGACUUUCACCACCACUUUGAGCGGGCCAUGGCUAGUACGAUCUACUGCUUGAACUAUGGGUACCGGCUGCAAACGGGGUAUGAGCAGGAGCUGUUAGAUGGGAAGCGCGUGCAGGCGGAGUUUGCGCGUACGGGACAGGUCGGCGCAUAUAUAGUCGACUCGUUCCCGUCGCUGAAUUAUCUUCCUAGGUUUCUGGCGCCGUGGAAGAGGGAGGCAGAGGAGCUGUUUGAGCUGGAAAGACAGCUGCAUGUUGGGAACUUGAAGAAGGGGCUGCGAAAUCGGCGGUGGAACUUCACCAAGCAUAUGAAGGACUCGCCCGAGGCGGUGGAUAUGCCGGAGGUAGAGCUUGCCUUUGAUCUGGGGAUUCUGGCUGAUGCGGGCUUGGAUACGUCGACUGUUGCGCUGGACUGGUUCAUCGUUGCUUGGAUUACUUCGGGCUCACGAUGGGUCAAGAAGGCGCAGCAGCUGCUGGACGAGGUCGUUGGGAAAGACCGUCUGCCUAGCUUCGAGGACCGUCCCAAGCUGGCCUAUAUUGAUGCAAUUGCGAGCGAAACUCUCCGCUGGCGCCCGGUCGUCGUACAAGGCGUACCACACGCCACCAAAGUCGACGACGAGUACAUGGGCUAUCAUAUCCCGGCCAACUCGACCGUCCUGCCCAAUGCCUUUGCCAUAACCCGCGACGAGGAAGUCUUCGGCGAGGACGUCAACAGCUUCAUCCCCGACCGGUGGCUCGCCGAGCCCAGCGACAAAGAGCACAUCGACAUCUGCGGGUUCAACACCACAGCCUUGAAAGACCUGCCGCAUAUUGGAUUUGGAUUCGGGCGCAGAAUCUGUACGGGGCGUCUCAUCGCGCGCAACCAGCUCUUCAUCCAGAUGGCGCGCAUGCUGUGGGCGUUUGAUGUCGAGGCUGGGGUUGUUGACGAGGCUACGGGUUCCAGACACAAUGUUCAUGACAUGGACUGUACUGAGGGCUUUGUGACACUGCCCAAGCCGUUUAGGUCUGUGAUGAGGCCGAGGGGGGAGUGGGUGCGAGAUGUUAUCUUGCAGGCUGGCACCACGCAUGAGCUGGACCAUUCGGCUAUUCUAGAGGCGGCCAAGAUUGAGCGGACAUAAUAUGAAUUGGCUAAUGAUUGGAAUUAUAUCGUACUGUUAUACUUCAACCAGUGUCAGACAUUGUACUUUUGUAUUGGCUUCAUGACCCAAACCAAGGUCUCCCCCCCCUUUGCCAAGGACUGCAAUAAAUACUGCCCAGCAGAGUCCCUCGACAACGAUCCAACGGGUACAGAAUCAAGUUGUCGAUUUUGAAUUUUCACUAAGGGAUGCGUGAAGUGGAGCUGGGAGGCUGCGGCUGCGGCUUAUGGACCUGUAAUUUCCGUCCCGUCGUGCGAUGGCUGUCAGCCACAAUAUUAUUAUUGAGACGUAUCAGACGAGACUAUUCUCCGUAUUCCUGGUUAGGGAUCCGGCGCUUGGACUGGCUUGCUGGCUUCGGGUUAUAGGGGUGGGUGUCCAGUCUCAU